AUGGUCAAUCUGCUCCUUCGAUACUCGGCCAUCCUGGUUUCUGGCGCUGGAGUGGCUUUGGCCACGGCAUCGCGCUCAUUUGGCCUGAAACUGCCGCUUCCUCAACCUCUCGGCGCCGACCAGACUCGUCCUGGUGUUCUGGACACCAAUGGCAGUACAGUCCCGCCGCUGAAUACGGUCUACUACUUCGACCAACUGAUCGAUCACGAUGACCCGAGCAAGGGCACCUUCCAGCAGCGAUACUGGAUGGCAUGGGAUUCCUAUGAAGAUGGGGGUCCUAUCAUACUCUUCACGCCGGGAGAGGAGAACGCUCAGCAGUACACCGGCUAUCUUACAAACGAUACCAUCAACGGACAGAUCGCUCAACAGCAUGGUGGAGCGACUAUCGUCCUCGAGCAUCGCUUCUUCGGGGAGUCGAACCCAUACGACGAUCUCACAGUCCAGAGCCUACAAGUUCUCACGCUCGCGCAGAGCAUCGAGGAUCUGGAGUACUUUGUGAAGAACGUCAAGGUUCCCGCGCCCAUCGAUGACCCCAGCAGUGCCCCGUGGAUCUUAGUAGGCGGCAGCUACUCUGGAGCAUUGACGGCUUGGAUCAUGGCCGCAAAGCCAGAUCUCUUCGCCGCAGGUUGGACCUCCUCCGCCGUCGUUGAGAUCAUCGUCGACUACUGGCAGUUCUUUGACAUCAUAAGGACUUACAUGCCUUCUAACUGCUCAAGCGACGUCCAAGCUUUGAUUGCCCACUUUGAUGCGGUCGCUGACGACCCUGAAGCCGCCGCUGCUCUGAAAGCACAGUUCGGGAUGGAAGACGUCGAGCACUACGACGACGUCACCGUUACACUGAAGAACCCUCUAUAUGCGUGGCAAGACAUGCAGUAUGGCAGCGAAGAAAGCGGCUUCUACAUCUUCUGCGACAGACUUGAGGUCAAGGACAACGAGACCGCACCAGCUGAGGGCUGGGGUCUGGAACACGCCUUGUCUGCGUGGGGCGCGGACUUCAAGGAUGGUUAUCUUCCGGCGAUCUGUGCUGGUCAGAACUACAGUAUCUGUCUGGAUACGUAUAAUGCGUCUUCCGAAGUCUACACCAGCACAUCUGUUGGCGAUACCACGCGUGCUUGGAUGUGGGUCAAAUGCAAUGAGGUUGGCUGGUUCCAGGAUGCCGCACCUGACGAUCAACCAACGAUCGUGUCUCGUACACUGCAACCUUCAAAUCAGGAGCUAAGACAGUGUCAGUACUACUUCCCGGAGCAAUUUUCGGAUGGAGAGCCGUCAUCUGCGCAAAUCUUGAAGACAAACGACAUCUACAAAGGCUGGGAUAUAGACGUCCAGAACGUCUUCUUCGCCAAUGGCGUACGUGACGUCUGGAGGGGAGCCACGCUCUCUGCAGACUCUGUCGUCCCACCCAACAUCCCGCCCUCGCACAUUGGUCUCCACAACGGCUUCCAUACCAGUGACCUGAUUGUGGCCAACAACGUCGACGCCAGCGUUGCGGAUGUGCAGGGAAAGGGGCUCGAGUUCAUCCGACAGAUGCUCGCUGCUUGGAAGCCUGUGGCCUGA